AUGAAGUGGAACAUUUUUAUACCUCUCUCGGCAAAUCAUAUGCUGCGGACGCACCUAUUUGCCAUGACAGACCAGGAAAAAAUUCAAUGCAGACCCUCUGGUUCCGAAGCUGCCAACAUUAUUUCUAGUAAACGACCGAUCUCGUCAGACGACCGCAUCCAAGUGAACUUCGCUCUCCCGGCUCACAAUGAUAUUAUCGAUGGCAUUGGCAUGCUGCACUUCUGGGUUCGUUACUUUGACUAUGCACUGCAAGUCUAUGAUAAAGGUGAAAUCUACCAGUUUCCACACUCCGGGGAUGAAUGA